GACCGGAUGUUGUUAUUGUGACGUUGAACGUAUUGUGUGUUUCGAACGAGAUUGAUCUUGCAAAGAAAAUAAGCUAAAUGCGUUUUAUUUCCAGGAAGGUUAAUUAGAACACAUUUGACAGGGUUUUGGAAUUUAAACAUUUUUGUUUGAUGAUGUGAUGAAUUUCCUCCUGUAGUUGAUCAUGUUUUCUGAUGAAUCAGAAAUCUGUCCAGUCACUGGGAAAAUCCUUACAUCUUCUUGGCCGCAGCACAGCACUCCGAUUAAGGGCUAUCGGCCGCGGCAUGUGUCCAGAUCGUCAGCACAGCCACACGCCAGAAGUGACGUCGACAUGAGACAACCCGUCGUGAAUGUGAUGAUGGCGGCGAGAUCAGCGGUCUGUGAAACAUCGUGGCAGACUCCGGCCUCUACAGCGUACUCGUCCUUGCAGAGCCAGGCUCUGUCAACGCCAGUCUACACAUCGUCAUGCCAGACUCCCGCAUCGUCCGUCCCGUCCACAACCUUACAGUCUCAGUGUAGUAAAUCUCCCGUCUCGGCUACAACGAUGCAGUCGGUUAGAUCUCCAACCUCGGCUACAACGUUGCAGUGCGGCGACCAGCAUGAUUCCAUGACAAGCGGAAUGUUCCAUGUUGCCACCCAGUCCUGUCCACGGGUAAUCACGGUUCACUCGUAUAGACAGCCCUACUACCAGUUUUCCAGCACCACAGCUCCAUGUAGUUUACAGAAUAUCGCACAAAAAUUGCCUUCCAGUACCACAUCCUUGUGCACGCUGCAGAACACGAUACAGAAACAGCGCAAUGAGAUCACGUGUCUGAUCAACGAACUCCAGGACCGAGACCAGGAACUCAAUGACAUGGUGCUUGGUCACCAACAGCAGCUGUUGUCUUGGCAGCGGGACAGACAGAGACUUUUGGCUUUGGAGCAGAAGUGUCGCACAUUUGAAGAGAAGCUCAACGAGAAAGAUCAGAGUCUGAAACGACUCCAGAGUCAGCUGACAAUGUCUCGGUCUGAGUCGAGGAUAAGCAACGCGGAGGUGACGAAGAAACAGCUCGAGAAGAUCAACAGUGAGAAGAAGGAACAGUCACACCAGCUGGACAGUCUGCAGUCAUUGAACAUCAGUCUGAACAAGUCACUGAAAGCAUUGUCGGGACAGGUGGGGCAGCUGGAGGCCAGGGAACAGGAGCUGGUGACACUGAUACGUCUCAAGGAGAAGGAUAUCUUUGUGAAGAGUAAGACUGUGGACGAGCUCACUGCCAGACUUAAACAGCUGGAGGCUAGGUGCCAGGAGUGCCAGCUCCGUGAAGCUGAUGCUGUGCGACGUGGCACGCGGUACAAACAGAAAUAUACACAGGCUCAGGAAACCAUCGAGAAGCUCCUGCGUGAAGUAAAGAAGAAAGAAGACGAUACUAACCAAAGUUUUGCCAUUGUAACAAGCAUCCCAAACCAGUUGUCAUCGGUGCACGGAUCCCCCGCCUCGUUGAGUGACAGAGAAAGAUCUAAGGGUGACCGAGAAAAAUCUAAGGAUAAUUUGGUCGAAUCUUUAAAAGCAAAACGAGAAAAAAUGUGUUCAGAACUAAAAAAGGUGAGAGAGCAGGCUGGUGUACAUGGGAGCAGCUCGUCCAUUGAAGACCUGUGUCAGAAGGUGGAGCAGUUGAACUCACAGUGCGUGGAGUGUGAGCACCGGGAAGCAGACGCCGUGCAUCACGCCACGCAGUGGAGACAGAAGUACCUGCAGGCUCAGUGCAUGAUGGAGGCUCUGGCUAGUGACGUGAAGAUGAAGGAGGAGGAAGCAAACCAGAGCACGGCCAUGUUGACAGAGAUCGAACAACAGUUGUCACUGGUGCAGCAGUCCUUCGACGCAACAGCUGAGAGGGAAAUGUGGAAGGACCAGCUGGUAGAGUCACUGAAAUCGAAACAAGAAAGACUCUGUGAUGAACUGACCACUGUCCGAGAGUUGUAUGAGAGGCAGCAAAGGGAGCUUACUCUACUGCAGUUGAAUUUAGACAGUACGAGAGAAAACUUUCAGAGCAGUCAGCUGAGUGGGGAUCACAACAGUUCUUCCUUGUAUGUUGGUGAGAAAGCGGCCAUGGACGGGACUGACGUGAACGGGAUGUCGUUUGAAGACAAGCUGUCGUCGUUUCUCGACACUAAUGUCAGUUUGGAGAAGACGGACCCUUCCCACAAGGAUUGUAGAAUCCCCAUCCCCAUCUCUCCCGCCAGCAAGCUUCAGCGCCUACUGACGGAAUCCAGCGACCUCAUACAGAAUCUCGAACAAAGCAUAGUCCCAGGGAGCAAGGAACUGCAGCUGGAGAGCAAGGAAGUGGACACUGUUACGGACUACGUACAGCAGAAAUCGGCAUCGGAAAUCUUCACACGGCAGACGUUCUCAAACAUGUCCACCAACACAUUGUGACCAAGUCAGACAGCAGUUACCAAGCAACAACAUCACUGUUAUUUGGAUUCUAUUGUGUAACAUCUGAGUGUUUCACUCCUGGAGUUUGUGGACCUCGUUUGAAGAGCUCCUUGUUUUUGAGUUAAUAUACUGUACCAGCCUUUUUAAUUAAUAAAAUUACAUACUGUGUAAAAAAAAAAAAAAAUUUAGAAUAUCAGUAGCUGCAAAUUAUUCUAGGUGUUCCUAAUGUCGAAAAUUAAACUGAAUUUUAAUUUCAAUCAUUUUGUAUAUAUGAAAAACAAUCUUCAGUAACUGUUGAUUAAAAUAAAGUAUUCAUAUUUUUAUGUGAAAUUGUACAUUUUACCCUAGUGCUGUUUGUAAACUGUGAUACUUACAUUUGAUAGAAUUAUUGUGUAUACCGGUAAUAUGUUCAUAUCUCACCAAAUACAUUUGCAUCAAA